AUGGACUCGCUCCAAGCGCAGGCCGACGCUGUCCGCAGCGCGGUCACCUCCGUGACGACAUGCUCGCCGGCGACGUCAUCACUCCUCAAAACUCUGCUUCUCGACAUCAACAAUAGCGCUACUAUCAACAGCGAUUCCGACUCACGACCUUCAUCUAAAACUUCAAAUUCGCGAUCCCGAGCCAGCACAAACACCCGCGCGCCUUCACGACGCGGCAAAUGCGACUCGCCCACGCCAACCAGCCUCUCUCCCCGCGAGAAGGCUGCUCUUGCGACCCACGUCGUCAACGCGGCGCUUAAGGCACUUGCCGAGGCCGCAAAGACUGCUUCGCCAGCUCCAGCACCAGCCAACAGCGAGCCAUUGUCACCGGCAAGGCAACAAAAAGGACAAGAAGACAGCGACCUGGUCAAGACGGUCACCAAGAACAAUGCCGCUGCUAUACGCCGGUCCAGUUCCGCGCCGAUGUCGCCUCUUCAGCCUAGGUCGCUUAACAGGCAGACGACGCCGCCUGCACCGACGGGCAGUCGGCCCCCUUCGAGAGGGAGCAAUCAUAGUACUAACAACAACAACAACAACAACAGCAGCAGCAGCAGCAGCAGCAGCAGCAGCAGCAGCAGCAGCAGCAGCAGCAGCAGCAGCAACAGCAACAACAACAGCAACAGCAACAGCACGAAUGUGAACUUGCUCGCGACAGUCGAAUGUGCCCGCGUGGCGCUCGCCGCGCUGCGACAGUUGCCGUCGACAGGCAAGAUCUCGCCUCCCGAGUUACAACUAGAGUCAGGCAUGUCAGCUUUGAUCGGCCGGUUGAUUACCCUCGGCCUACACGAGCAGGCUAUUAAAGAGUUGCGGAUCCUGAGGAAAAAGCUCGACACUUCCAGCGACAAGAAGACUUCCUCGAAGUCAACCGAAGCGAAAACAACAACAACAACAACAGCAGCCCAAGUCUUCACAGAAAUCCUCGAUUUCGGCUCCGUAGCAGCAACAGGCGCAAAACUCCUCCUCAUCAUCCAAACCCAACUCCACGCCCUCCGCAUCCUUGCCACCACCACCUUCACCUCCAAGAAGCCCUCCACUAUCGCGGCCAUCCUGCCCCUCCUCCGUCUCGACUCCCACACCUCCCCGCUCAACCUCUUGCUUACAGCCUCCAAAGAAAAAGGCGCCGACACGGCGAAAAUAGCCCGCCACACCGAAACCCUAUCCCAAGUCCUGCUGGCACUCACCCCUUCCGUGUCAAGCAAAGACGACACCCUUGCCCUCGAGCCCAGACUCUCCAUCCCCCCGCUAGCAGCCCUCGAGCUACAAGCCCUUGCGCUCGAAGCAAGGAUAGAGUGGUGGCGACUGGCAGGCCACAAGGGCGAUGCAGAAAAAGACAUUAUGAUCCCGCUGUCGCGGUGCUUGGCUGCGUUUGCCAGGCGGAGUCAGGACCGGUCGCGCGAGGCGUGGGGGGUUUGCGUGCGGGCUUUUGAGAGGGUUUAUAAGGGGGUUAAGAACCUGGGGAUGAGCGUCGCGAAAGGGGGGAGGUCUGCUUUGGCGGGGGUGUUGCAAAGUUUGGUUACUGUUGCCAAAGAGGGGGGGUUAAUUACCGAGGGGGUGACGUGGGCGGGGAGGUUGGUUGAGGUUGUGGGAGCUGAAAAGGAGGGGGUUAAGUUCUGUAGCUUGCAGGCGCAGGUUUUGGGGCUAAAGCUUAAGGCGCCGGAGAGGUUUUGGGGGGCUGAGGAGGAUGCAGAGUUGAAGAAGGUGAUGGAGUGUAUCAUGGGCCCAUUGAGGGGAGACACGGCGGAGUUGGAUGAGUUGUUGGGGUGUGUAUGUGGCUUGAGGAAGGGGGCGAUGCAGGUUUUGCUUGCUGCCAUGCGGGACAACAACAACAGCGGCAGUGAAGAGGCGGAGUAUAAGCCGUCCCCAGAGACUCGGCAGCUGCUGGAGUCCUUCGUUUUGCAAUGUCCCCGGUUCUGUCUCCGCUGGCUAGGCAAACCCCCCGGCUCGAGGGGCAACACAAAAGACUACCUCCGCUACGACCAGCGCCGGCAACUGUUAACCCAAUACCUCCCGCACGUCCUGGACUCCUCCCUCCUCCUGAUCAAAACCCUCCUCGACCACGGCACGCCCGCCUGGGAGCAGAUCGACGCCAUUCUAUCCGACUGUUCUACCCUCCUCGAGUACACUCCCCUCCCGGACUCCUCUUCGCCGUCAUCAUACUACGUCAAGAUCUCCCACUUCCACUACCUCCACUUUAUCUCUCUGCGCCAGCGCUCCUCCAACCCCCAGGACGUUGGCCCCCUAAGGGCAUUGCGCAAAGCAGUCGACGUUGUCAAGCACCGUUCUAAGCCUGAGAAAUCGGCCGCGAAACUCACGCUCAAACUAGAGCGUCUCGCUGACCUGUGCCGAUCCCUGGGGCGGAUUGAUGAGGCGCUUUCUGCGCUGCAGGCUUUGCGCUCGAGUCUGGUUGAAGACGGCGUGCUUAGGAAGAUUGCAAGGCGGUUGCAGACGGAGAGUCCGGUGGUGGUGUGGAAUAGGGAUGAGGGUGCCUUGCCCCUGGGACGGUGUUUGGUUGGGAUUGGGAGGUUGGAGACCGUAUGGGUGGAUUGGACGGUUGAGUUGGAGGAGGAACAGGAAAGGGGGGCGGUGUUGGAGUGGUGGGUUAGGGUUGGGGUUUUGGGGAGAGGAGAGGAGGUUGGGUUAGGACAUGCGGUUGUGGAGAGGUUGUUGGGGGUUUAUAUCCCUACGAAAUAUCCGGUGCGCAGGUUGAGGGUGUUGUUGUUGGUGUUGUGUGCGGUGUUGGGGGACGGGAAGACGGCGGGAGAGGUGUUGGCUUUGGCGAGAGAGGCUUCCCGGGUUGCUUCUGGGGAUGAUCUGGGCGAGGACAAGGGGUUGGCGUCCUUUCUGCCGCAUCUCAAGACCCUUUGUGCUUCCCUGGAGGCAGCAGUCGACGAAUACCGCGACAUUCGCGCCGUUGAGCAGUGCCUCACCUCCUGGCGUGGCAUCGUCUCCUCUUGCGAGGACAAGAACACCCUCGAACAAUCUAUCGACGACGUCCCUGGGCUCCUGGAACACCUCCAAGCGGUGGCAGAUUUCCAUCGCAUGAAGGGGCGCGAGACAAUCCUUAUCUCGGUGCUGGAGCUGAUGGCCGACAUCUCCCGUCUCGCCGAAGGCCCCAGAGCAGAGGACGUCAUUGUCCACGGCUCAACCUUCGGCUUGCAGCUGACGAAUCUGGGACGGGCAGCCAAGGCAGAGGAGGUCUUUCGUAAGAUGGGGGAGUACCUCGCUUCUCUGCAACCGCAAGACUCAUCUGACAAUGCUGCGGUCGGCGAGGGCGCGGUUAACUACCAUCUUGCCAUGGCUGAGCACUUUGUUGCGUUGGGCCAGAUACGGCAGGCCGAGGAGCACCUUGCUCUGGCGCACAAUGCGGCUUCGGAGGAGGGGGCCGUGCAGAAGUAUGGCAAGGUCGAGAGGAGAAGGUUAGUUGCGAGGGCGUGCUAUCUUUAUUCCGUGGUAGCCCUGGAGAGGGGAGAUUCCCAUCUGGCGCUGGUGUACGCAAGGGAAAGUGUGAGGAACUUGUUUUCGGAGUGGGCGAGGCUCGAGGCAAAGAUGUCUUCUUCUUCUUCUUCUUCUUCUUCCCCCACAGAAACUCGACAAGAGCAGCAGCACCAGGACGACCCCGAUGCUAUGGACAUCGAUGCCGCUCCUCCUGCUCUUGAGUCCACUAGAACACCAAAACGAGACGCCCAACACACCGCGGCAGGCCCCGAGUUCUGGCGUCUCUUCUGCUCACUGCACCGCAACAUCUCCUGGCUGUCUGCCGUUUACGCUCACCUCGGUCUAUUCAACGAAACAAUGUACUAUGCCGAACAGGCGCUGCGCAUGGCGAACCUAAUUGGCUCCGAGUUCUACUCUGCGCAAGCGGCGGCAUGGAUCGCGUCGGUUGCGUGGCGUGCCGCGGACGUUCAAAAGGCGGGCGAGAUGCUCCGGCAAGUUAUGGCGGGUCUACUGGAGAAGGAUGGCGGGUGUGAGUAUGCCCGGGCGGUGCUUGCUUGUCGCGUGAGUGAGACGGCGCUGGCGCAGGGGGAUUUGGAGAGUGCGAGGAGGCUGCUGGAGUGGGCGGAGGGGGUUGUGAGGGGGAUUGCCAUGGGGGGGCAAAAAGAGGUUGUGACGGUUGAGGUUGCGGAAGAGUACGAGGGGAGGAAGGCCCCUAUUAGGGCGACCAGGACGAGAAAGGCGACUACAAGGGCGCAGAGUACCACGAGGAAGGGGGCUAUGCGGUCAGCGAAAGGGAAAUCGGCUUCGACUACGACCACGCCGUCUAACUCUAGGCCGGGUACGCCCGAGGUCAAGGAGGAGGACGCACUGCUCGCGAAGCUAAAAGCGUACAUCCUCGUGCAGAAGGCGAGUAUGAUGCUCAGGCAAAGGGAUUGGGCCGCCGCGCAGCAGGUCCUGUCUGAAGUCCCUGCUCCAGCAGUGCAGUCCAAGUCAUCCAGCUUCCUGCCCGCCCGCCAUCUCGCCAUGGCAGCCUGCCUCCUAGGCAUGAGCAUGGACCAGAUGGCUCAUGACCCCGUCUUUUCGGUCAUUCAAGACUCGACCAUCUCUUUCCCUGCUCUUUCAGGUUCAGGCAGCGUCUUGCUUGCGGGCAAAGGGUCACCCGUCAAAGCAGCUGCUUCGCCGGUCGUCACAUCGCCCAGGAAGCCAGACUUGCCGACGACGACGAAGACGACGACGACCACGACCGAGACCGACCCCCGCGUGUAUGUCGAGCACCUCAAGUCUGCGCAUGAUUAUCUUCUCGAGGCGCAUGCCGUGGCCGCGCUGAGCGGCGAUGCCAGUCUGGUGCAUCGCAUCUCGGGAAUGCUGCAGAAUGUGGGUUUGAUACUCACCGCCACGUCGACCAAGAUCCGGCCUGCGGCUGUUCCAUCGGCGCAGACGGCAUACUCAGUUGAGCUGGCGAGGAACCUUACCUGGCGACGGGAGAGGAAGGCCCUGCUGCAGGAGAAGAAGGGUUUGGUGAAUGGGAAUGGGACAGAGAUGACGAGCGUGCAGUUCCCCCCGCCGCCCAACCUGGCUGCGUCUGCACCAAGAAGGUCCAGCUUGGGGUUUACGCUGGAUUUGCACCGCAUUCAAAGGGAUUACAUCGACCUCGUUCCCAAGCACUGGCACGUCAUUUCGCUUUCGCUGUCGGACGGCGGACACGACCUUUGCAUAACCCGCCUACAAGCAGGCCAGGCCCCAUUUGUCUUGCGGCUACCGCUCGAAAGGGCAAGUUCGCGAGACUCUUCCGUCGACGAAACCGACGUCUUCGACUUCCACACCGGCCGCGCCGAGCUGCUGGAGAUCAUCAAGGAAAUCAACCGGACGUGUCACGACUCCCGGGAUAUGGCCGCCAAGGGGGAGAGGGAAAAAUGGUGGGCUGAGCGCGAGGCGCUGGACCAGAGGUUGAAAGAGUUGCUGAUGAAUAUUGAGCAUGUGUGGCUCGGCGGGUUCAGGGGCGUCUUCUCGCAGCAUGGGAGGAGGCCCGAGUUGUUAGAGAAGUUUCGGGCGAUGUUUGAGGGAGUGUUGGAUAAGCAUUUGCCUUCGAGGAGGCAGGUUGGAAGAGGUAAAAAGGGAAAGGGGGUCGCGGGGCAGACGAAAGUGGUGUUGGAUGGGAAUGUGUUGGAGCUGUUUAUUGGGUUGGGGGAUGCGACUAAGUCAGGGGCGGAUUUUGAUGAGGAGCUGACGGAUUUGCUCUACUUCGUCGUCGACAUCUUGCAGUUCCAUGGGGAGAGGAACGCGUACGACGAGAUCGACUUUGAUUCGAUGGUUGUUGAGACCAUGGAUGCGUUAAUGGCGUAUCAUGCCGAGGCGAAUGCUGCCCCAGAGUCGGAUUCGCACGCUCACACCAUCCUUGUCCUCGACAAGCAGCUGCAUGUCUUCCCCUGGGAGUCUCUCCCCUGCUUGCAGGGCCUGGCUGUCAGCAGAAUCCCGUCGCUGGCCUGUCUGAGGAAGUUACUUCUCGACCGCAGGCGCUCGUCCUCUCAGAUCCAGGGCGAAGACUCCGAAGAAGAAGACCCCCGCUCCGCCGGCCAUCACGCCCCCCUCUCCGGCGGCACAUAUAUCCUCAACCCCUCGUCAGACCUCCUAUCCACGCAGAAAACUUUCGAAUCCCUCUUUUCCACGCACCUCCAUUCCCCCAACUCCUGGACACGUAUAAUCUCCCGCCCCCCCACUGAACCCGAAUUCCUCUCUGCCCUCACCCACUCCCCCAUCCUCCUCUACUUUGGCCACGGUUCCGGUGCGCAGUACAUCCGCUCACGGAACAUCCGCCACUUGGACCACUGCCGGGCUACCGUCCUGCUCAUGGGCUGUUCCUCGGCGGCCUUGACUGCCAAGGGCGAGUUUGAACCCUCCGGCCCGGUCUGGAAUUAUAUGCUUGCCGGGGCGCCGGCCGUGGUGGGCACGCUGUGGGAUGUAACGGAUAGGGAUAUCGAUCGGUUUGCCGGGGGGGUGUUGGAAGGGUGGGGGGUGCUGCCGGAGGGCUGCAUGGGGGAAAAGAAUGGCAAGAAAAAGGCGGGAAGAAAUGGGUUGAGUUUGGUGCAGGCUGUGGCAAAGGCGAGGGACAGGUGUCGGUUUAGGUAUGUCACGGCUGCGGCGGCGGUGGUGUAUGGGAUUCCGGUUUAUGUGGAUGUUGAUGGGAAGUCGAAGGACUGA